GCACGCCGGGGCUGACGAGCUGGCGGCUCUCGCGGGCGCGCGGCUGGAGCCCGAGCCCCCCCAGCUGGCCCUCGGGGACCGGCUGAGGAAUUCCGCUCGCGAACGGGAACGUCGGAGGGCUGGCGGCGUUCAGAUGAGGGACAGACGCCCGUAGAUCGAUACCUCGGUGGCGAGGGGCGGGAAGUCCUCGACCCCGCUGCUCAGCAGGCCUCCGAGGAAAUCGGUUUUAUCGGUGGCCGGCUUGCAUCGACGGAAGGCCUUUAGCGAGGGUUUUCCUCUUUCUGCGCCAGCUUUCAUUUAUACAGUUAGGGAGUCCAGCAGAGGUUCUCAGCCCCUGGGUCCCCACCCCCGUUGGGUUGCAUGGCGGAUGUUUACGAUUCAUCACAGUAGCAGCAUUACAGUUAUGAAGUAGCAACAAAAUAGCUCCUGGUUGGGCGGGUGGUCACCACAACACAGAGAACCUCUGGUUUAUAGGAAGACCUUAGGGAAGUCGGCUCUCUCCGACUCCAUGGAGGCUCCAGAAUGUCCAGUAGGUCCACCUGAAACCGUGAACCUCGUCUUCCACAUACUGAUGACAUACUGAGGUUCCUAAUUGCAGCUCAAGCCUGGUGAGAGGCGAAGUUGAGGCAGUUGCCUCAUUUGGAGGAAAGCUGAUGUGGGUCUUAGUCAGUGACCACGCAGUCAGAAAUCGUACUGAGUCCAGCACUCCAAAAACUUUAGUAGCUUCCUUCUGUGGCUCGUUCAGCCAGUCUACACCUCACCAACCUUUAACAGUAUAAAGAUCACAGUGCCUGUCUAAGACUCUAGGGGAAGUGAGAACCGUUGGAAAGACCUUUCUCACUGGAAGGGAGCUGAUCCAGGAGCAGAAAGAAUAGUCAUAGCCCCAGAAGGGUGGUGCUCAAAUGCUCCACCCCAAAGCUAUCAGCACGCUAGUCUGAAGGAAAACAAAGCCCUUUAUGUUUUAGGAGCCCAGUUAUACAUUGUUAAGAAGAAAUCUUAGUUUUAAGCGGUAGAAAAACUCUGCAUAAACAAUUAGAAUGGAAGACCCUUUGGAUGGUGGCUGUGACAAAGCAGCGGUGCAACAAGGGCUUCUGGAUAGAAUUAAAGAAGAACCUGAUGAUGUUCAAGAAUAUGGACCUCAAGAAAGUGAACUUAAAAUUAGUGCUGUAUUUUCAGCUACUGAAACUUCUCUUGGCCUUCAGCUUGGUCUACCAUCAUCCGACCCAAAUACAUCAUUUCCUUCAGUUCCAGCUGCUCCUGUGUUUUGUUCUGGUUGUAAAACAGCACUUCCUAAGGGGCAAACUACAUAUCGUAAGGCAGGGUCUGCUCAGCUUUUCUGUUCCAUGGGAUGCAUCAGCAGAUACUCCUCAGCUGUCUACAUUCCACCUCUUCCCAAGAGAACCUGCAAACACUGCUUCAAAGAUAUUUUAAAUCCACUGGAUGUGAUCCCAACCCAGUUUGAAAAUUCCUCUUUCUGCAAAGAUUUCUGCAGCCAGGCAUGCCUGUCUUCUUAUGAGCUUAAGAGGCCUGUUGUUACCAUAUAUACCAGCAGCAUUUCAACUGAGUGCAGUAUGUGUCAGAAGUGCACUGACAAUUUGACCAACAAGCCACUCUAUGCCUUGGGGACUUCACCAAUGCUGUCUGCUGAAAUGAUCAAGACUACAAAUGACCCAGGAAGAACACAGCUUUUCUGCUCUAUUAAUUGCUUAUCUGCGUACAGAAUUAGGAGUGUUAUUUCUUCAGGUCUCCAGGUUUUGUGUCAUAGUUGUAAAACCGCAGCAGUUCCUCAAUAUCACCUAGCUAUGUCAAAUGGAACGAUCUGCAGUUUCUGUAGCUCCAACUGUGUGUUGGCUUUCCAGAAUGUAUUUAACAAGCCAAAGAGAAGAACCUCUUCAUUGGUGCCUAUAUCUGAGGGUCAAGAAGUGAUGCGCACCCCCUUGCAGUCUGCAGCGUCAGCAGGAAAAGGGGCUCCUGCCUCUUCCUCCAGCAGCCCCAGUAGCCGCCCGCCUGCUGCUCUGGAGACUCUUGCUGAGCUGUCCCAGCACACUGCUUUGACCCACUCAUGCAUGAAACUCAAGUGCCAGCAGUGUAACCUUCUGUUUGCCACAAAACCAGAGCUGCUUUUCUACAAGGGUAGAAUGUUUCUGUUUUGUGGCAAGACUUGCUCUGAUGAAUACAAAAGGAGAAAUAAAGUAAAGGCAUUGUGUGACUACUGCAAGCUACAGAAAAUCAUAAAGGACAUUGUACGAUUCUCAGGGGUUGACAAGCCAUUCUGUAGUGAAGUUUGCAAGGUCCUCUCUACUCGAGACUUUGGGGAACGAUGGGGAAAGUACUGUAAGAUGUGCAGUUACUGUUUACAGACAUCUGCAAAUUGGGUGGAAAACCAACUGGAAGGCAAGGUCCAGGUUUUCUGUUGUGAAGAUUGCAUGUCCAAGUUUACAGCUCUGUUUUAUCAGACAGCCAGGUGUGAUGGUUGUAACCAGCAGGGUAAGCUAAAUGAGUCCUUGAAGUGGAGAGGAAACAUCAAAUACUUCUGUAACCUGUUUUGUGUCUUGAAGUUUUGCCAUCAGUAUAGUAUGAAUGACCCAAUUCAACAAAAAAAAGUAUUUGUGCUUCCAAAAUCAGCAUCAGUAAUUAUUCCUAAGGCACAAACUGUUUUGAAGACACUCCCUUCUCCAAGGAUAGCUACGACACCAGUUAUAACCAGUGUGAUGUCAUUGGCAAAAAUACCUGCUCUUCAGCCCACUAACCGUGUUUUAACAGAGUCGGGUCCUAAAGAGGCAACAGAAAUCAUUGGAAAUGGAAGUGCACAGGCAACUGCUGAGGAACUUGAGUCUUCAGAGCUUCCCAAGCUUCUGAAGAACAAAGGUGUGUUGUGUAAGCCGGCCACACAGACCAAGGCCAUCUCUUGCAGACCAUACACACACCAUGCUGCAUGCCAGACAGAUUUACCUCUGCCAAAUGGGAAAAAUGAAGAACCUGAUUCUCCACCUGCAAAAAAAAAGAGAAUAGGCUUUUUCCAGACUUAUGAUGCAGAAUAUAUAAAAUUUGGUUUUAUUAUCUGUUCUGGAUCAAAGGAAAGUUCGCCAAGACUACAGUGUGUCAUUUGUGGAGAGAUCUUACCAAGUGAAAGUGUGAUGCCAGUAAGCCUUUCUAACCAUUUGAAAGCAAAACAUUCAGAAUUGGAGAAGAAGCCAGUAGACUUUUUUGAGGAAAAAUCAUUUGAAAUGGAAUGUCAAAACAGUUCUUUAAAAAAUUGUUUACUAGUUGAAGAGUCACUUGUGAAAGCUUCUUAUUUAAUUGCUUUCCAAAUUGCUGCCAGGAAGAAGCCAUUCUCAAUUGCUGAAGAAUUAAUUAAACCAUAUUUAGUAGAAAUGUGUUCAGAAGUUUUGGGUUCAAGUGCUGGAGACAAAAUGAAAACCAUCCCUCUUUCUAAUAACACGAUUGGGUGCAGGAUCAAUAAACUGUCUGCAGACAUUGAAGACCAGCUGGUUCAGAAGAUCAGAGAGUCCAAGUGGUUUGCCCUGCAGGUAGACGAGUCAUCAGAGACCUCAGAUGUCCCCCUUCUCCUCUGCUAUGUUCGAUUCAUCGAUUAUGACUAUGGUGAUGUGAAAGAAGAAUUACUAUUUUGCACUGAAAUGUCUUCUCCAAGCACAGAUCUUGAGGUGUUCGAACUAAUAAAUAAAUAUUUUGAGAGUAGAUCUCUGAAUUGGAACCAUUGUGUUGGUUUCUGCACUGAUGGGGCUGCGAGCAUGACUGACAGGUGUUCUCGUUUAAGGUCAAAAAUUCAAGAAAUUACCAAGAAUACUGUGACAUUUACACACUGUUUUAUUCACCGUGAACACUUAGCAGACAAAAAGCUAUCUCCAUGUUUACAUGAAAUUCUUUUGCAGUCAGCACAGAUUUUAAGCUUUGUAAAGAGCAGCGCCUCAGAUUCACCAAUGUUGACAGUUUUGUGUGAAGAGGUGGGGUCUGAGCACAUGAGUUUACCACUUAAUGCUGAAGUAUGCUGGUUGUCAAGAGGGAGGAUUUUAACAAGAUUAUUUGAACUGAGACAUGAAAUUGAAAUAUUUUUAAAUCAGAAGCAUUCAGAGUUGGCCAGGUAUCUCCGUGAUGAGGAAUGGGUUGCAAAGCUAGCCUAUUUAGCAGAUAUAUUUUCACUUAUAAAUACAUUAAAUUCAGGUCUCCAAGGAACCAUGACUACUUUUUUCAAUUUGUAUAAUAAAGUUGAAAUAUUUAAGAAAAAGCUAAAAACAUGGUUGAAGCGCACACAAGAGGGUGAUUAUGAUAUGUUUCCUUUACUUUCUGAGUUCUUAGACUCACCAGAUGUGAGUGUGAAAAACAUUACUUGCAUUGUUUUCCAGCACCUGGAAGGACUUUCUCAGCUAUUCCGUGACUGUUACCCACCAGAAAAGGACUUGCGUUCAGGAAAUCUGUGGAUCGUCAAUCCCUUUGCCAGUAAUCAGAAUAACAGUCUCACUGACUCUGAAGAAGAAAAACUAGCAGCAUUAUCUUCAGAUAGAAGAUUACAGUCAGCAUAUAAGUCAAUGUCUGUAACCCAGUUUUGGAUAAACGUAAAGACAAGUUACCCAGAGCUUCAUGAAAAGGCAAUGAGACUCUUACUGCAGUUUUCAACCAUCUGUUUGUGCGAUGCCACCUUUUCAGCCUUGACUGCAUCAAAACAAAGGAACCUGCUGGGUUUUGGUCCCGCCCUAAGACUUGCAGUUACCUCAUUAGCUCCAAGGAUAGAAAAGUUAGUAAAAGAGAAAGAGUAGUAUCCAUAUUGCUUAUCAUCAGAGUCCUUAAUUUUGUGUUAAAUUUUGUAUAAGUAUCCUAAAAUACAGUAUUUGUAUUUUCAGUGAUUAAAUGUUUUAAUAUUU